CUCAAGCGCAAACAUCUCAAGCGAUCUCUCAAGUCGUGAGUGAGCAUUCGAAACAAGAAAAAAAAACCAAAGAUAAAUCAAUUUUUGAAAACAAAGAAGAACAAAAAUGGUGAAAAGUGAAAUGGAAUUCAAGAGCAAUUUCUCCAUCGAUGCCAUUUUGGCCAAGAAACCCAUUAAUCCAACGCAACAGCCCAUCAAAAUCGAACCGGUGCACCAUCAACAUCACCAUCAUCAUCAGUAUGUGCAUCCAUACUCCAAUUCCGAUGGCGAACUGUCGGCUUCGGAGGAUUUCGAUAGCCCCAGUAGAACCAGUACACCGAUGAGCAGUGCCGCCGAAAGUCUCUCCUCCCAGAACAAUGACAAACUCGAUGUGGAGUUCGACGAUGAGCUGGAGGAUCAGCUGGACGAGGAUCAGGAGAGCGAGGAUGGCAAUCCAAGCAAGAAACAGAAGUUGAGCUCCGGCAGUGAUGCCAAGAAACCGCCUUACAGCUACAAUGCGUUGAUCAUGAUGGCCAUUCAGGAUAGCCCCGAGCAGAGGCUGACUUUGAAUGGCAUCUAUCAGUAUUUGAUCAAUAGGUUCCCCUACUUCAAGGCCAACAAGCGGGGCUGGCAAAACUCCAUACGCCAUAAUCUGAGCCUGAACAAGUGCUUCACGAAGAUUCCCCGCAGCUAUGAUGAUCCCGGCAAGGGCAACUACUGGAUUCUGGAUCCCUCGGCCGAGGAGGUUUUCAUUGGCGAAACGACUGGCAAAUUGAGGCGCAAAAAUCCGGGAGCAAGUCGCACUCGUUUGGCUGCCUAUCGUCAGGCCAUAUUCUCACCCAUGAUGGCUGGUUCGCCCUAUGGAGCCCCGGCUCCCGGUUACGGAUAUCCCGGAGUUCCAUUCGCCGGAGCCGCCGCUGCCGCCGCUGCUGCCGCCGCCGCCUUGUACCAGCGCAUGAAUCCCGCCGCCUAUCAAGCUGCCUACCAACAAAUGCAGUAUCAACAUCAACAACAGGCCCCGCAGCAGAACCACCAUCAUCACCAGUCGCCACAUCCCGUCCAGAUGCAGGCCUAUCCUCCACAACUCAAUGCUGAGUUGUUCCAGCGCAUGCAGUUCUUUGGCAAAUUCCCAUCCAGCUAAAUCUUGAGAGACGUAAAGGCGCACAACCAAGCCCAGCGCUUUGGAUCAACCUCAAAGAACAAAAACCAGGGACAAAAAGGGUCGCUUUGGGGAAGGAUAGCUAUUCUAUUCCCCCCCCCAGCGAAAAUCCCGUAACGUCUAAAUUUUGCAAUUUAGCAAAUUCUUUUGGUCAGCAACGCAUUGACCGCUUCGCUUCUUCAGCGGGUCCUACAAAAUCGACCUGGAAAGUCGAUUUUAAGAGCAAGAAAAGAGCACCGAAAUCGAAGGACAAUGGCUACCAAAAUAAAGCCACUUCUUGCCAGUCGAGGACCUUUGUAGUUCGCCAAACACUUUUUGUACAUAUGUAUUUAAGAAUGAGUAACAAAAAAAUUACAAAAAAAAAAGAAA